GUCAGCUGGCCAGAGAAAAAGGUUUGUUUACUUCCGGUGAAUAUUUCUCCGUCUUCCGUGUGAUGAAAUAGAUCAGAUAGUGGAGCAAAGCCUAACCCUGCUAGCUGGUGAGAUGGAGUCAGGUGAGGCCAGGUUCGGGGGACAGAGUGUAGGAGCAGGCUCAUUGGUGGCAGAGGAGAACUACUUCCUAGGUUACACUUUUACAGACCGCUCCCACUCCAGCCGCGUGGUGCAAAGCAUCAUGGACCUAUGUCUGCAGGACGGCCUGUUUGCUGACGUGACGGUGAAGGUGGAGGGGAGGGAUUUUAAACUGCACCGCCUGGUACUGUCAGCCCAGAGCAGCUUCUUUAGAUCCAUGUUCACAUCCAACCUGAGAGAGGCUCACACACGUAGCAUCCAACUGAAGGACGUCAGCGCAUCAGUGUUCCAGCUGCUGGUGGACUACAUCUACCACGGGACAGUGAAGCUGACAGUGGAGGAGCUGCAGGACACCUAUGAGAUGGCUGACAUGUACCAGCUGACUGCUCUGUUUGAAGAAUGCUCCCGCUUCCUGUCACGCACCGUAGAUGUCAAGAAUUGCCUACAGGUGAUGUGGCUAGCAGACAGGCACAGUGACCAGGAGUUGUAUACUGCAGCCAAACAUUGUGCUAAGAUCCACCUGGUCCAACUUCACCAGACGGAUGAGUUCCUCAACCUGCCACUCUGUCUCCUCAUGGACAUCAUCAAAGAUGAUGUGCCAACCUCUCAGAACGCCACGGCAGCCAUCCAAACCUGGAUCAACCACAACAAGGUGGAGAGAGAAGAGUUCUCCACUGUUCUCCAGGAGAACCUCAAGGAGAUCGGUGAGAAGGUGCACAUCUACCUGAUCGGUAAGGAGGAGACGAGGACCCACUCCCUGGCCGUUUCCCUGCACUGUGACGAGGACGAUGCCAUCAGCGUCAGCGGCCAGAACAGCCUGUGUCACCAGAUCACAGCAGCCUGUAAACACGGGCCUGACCUCUACGUGGUAGGGGGGUCCAUCCCUCGCCGCAUGUGGAAGUGUAACAUGCAGACCAUGGACUGGGAGCGCUGCGCCCCGCUGCCCCGAGAUCGCCUCAGUCACACCAUGGUCUCAGUCUCUCUUCAGGAUGCCGUCUAUAGUCUGGGAGGUAAGACGCUCCAGGACACACUGUCCAACGCCGUCAUUUACUACACGGUGAAGGACAACGUGUGGACGGAGACUAGCCAGUUGGAUACGGCGGUGUCCGGGGCGGCGGGGGUUAACCUGGGAGGAACCAUCUACGUACUCGGGGGGGAGGAGAACGACAUGGACUUCUUCACCAAGCCGUCACGACUCAUCCAGUGCUUCGACACACAGACUCAGAAGUGCCAACUGAAGCCUUACGUUCUGCCGUUGGCGGGAGUGAUGCACGCCGCCGCCCACAUGGACCUGCUGUUCAUCGUAGCGGAGGGGGACUCCCUGGUGUGUUACAACCCGCUGUUGGAGAGCUUCACCAGGCUCCGCUUCCCCGAGGUCUGGAGCUGUGUGCCGUCCCUCUGGAAGGUGGCCAGCUGUAACGGCUCCGUCUACGUGUUCAGAGAGAGGUGUACGAAAGGAGACGCGCACACGUUGAAGUUUAACCCCGCUACGUCAGCCGUGACUGUUAUCAAGGGGAUUAAGAUCCUACUGACCAACUGGCAGUUUGUUCUGGCUUAACGUUUAAACUCCCUAAGGUGACCAACUGGCAGUUUGUUCUGGCUUAACGUUUAAACUCCCUAAGGUAACCAACUGGCAGUUUGUUCUGGCUUAACGUUUAAACUCACUAAGGUGAUCAACUGGCAGUUUGUUCUGGCUUAACGUUUAAACUCACUAAGGUGACCAACUGGCAGUUUGUUCUGGCUUAACGUUUAAACUCCCUAAGGUGACCAACUGGCAGUUUGUUCUGGCUUAACGUUUAAACUCACUAAGGUGACCAACUGGCAGUUUGUUCUGGCUUAACGUUUAAACUCACUAAGGUGACCAACUGGCAGUUUGUUCUGGCUUAACGUUUAAACUCACUAAGGUAACCAACUGGCAGUUUGUUCUGGCUUAACGUUUAAACUCACUAAGGUAACCAACUGGCAGUUUGUUCUGGCUUAACGUUUAAACUCACUAAGGUGACCAACUGGCAGUUUGUUCUGGCUUAACGUUUAAACUCACUAAGGUGAGGGCAUGAGGGAUUUGAGAAUAUACAGUGGAACAUAUUCAGACCCCUUUACUUUGACCACAUGUUGUUACGUUACAGCCUUAUCCUAUCAAUCUACACACUAUACCCCACAAUGACAAAGCAAAGCAGGUUUUUGGAUAUUUUUGCUAAGUUAUAAACCCCCCCCCAUAAAUAUCUUAUUUAUAAAGACCCUUUGCUUUGAGACUCUAAAUUGAGUUCAGGUGCAUCCUGUUUCCAUUGAUCAUCCUUGAGAUGUUUCUACAACUUGAUUGGAGUCCACCUGUGGUAAAUUCAAUUGAUUGGACAUGAUUUGGAAAGGCACACACCUGUCUAUAUAAGGUCCCACAGUCAACAGUGCAUGUCAGAGCAAAAACCAAGCCAUGAGGUUGAAGGAAUUGUCCGUAGAGUUCAGAGACAGGAUUGUGUCGAGGCACAGAUCUGGGGAAGGGAACCAAAACAUUUCUGCCGCAUUGAAGGUCCCCAAGAACACAGAGGCCUCCAUCAUUCUUAAAUGGAAGAAGUUUGGAACCACCAAGACUCUUCCUAGAGCUGGCCACCUGGCCAACCUGAGAAAUCGGGGGAGAAGGGCCUUGGUCAGGGAGGUGACCAAGAACCCGAUAGUCACUCUUAACAGAACUCCAGAGUUCCUCUGUGGAGAUAGGAGAACCUUCCAGAAGGACAACCAUCUCUGCAGCACUCCACCAAUCCGGCUUUUAUGGUAGAGUGGGCAGGCGGAAGCCACUCCUCAGUAAAAGGCACAUGACAGCCGGCUUGGAGUUUUCCAAAAGGCACCUAAAGGACUCUCAGACCAUGAGAAACAAGAUUCUCUGGUCGGAUGAAACCAAGAUUGAACUCUUUGGCCUGAAUGUCAAGUGUCACAUCUGGAGGAAACCUGGCACCAUCCCUACGGUGAAGCAUGGUGGUGGCAGCAUCAUGCUGUGGGGAUGUUUUUCAGCGGCAGGGACUGGGAGACUAGUCAGGAUCGAGGGAAAGAUGAAUGGAGCAAAGUACAGAGAGAUCCUUGAUGAAAACCUGCUCCAGAGCGCUCAGGACCUCAGACUGGGGCGAAGGUUCACCUUCCAACAGGACAACGACCCUAAGCACACAGCCAAGACAACGCAGGAGUGGUUUCAGGACAAGUCUCUGAAUGUCCUUGAGUGGCCCAGCCAGAGCCCGGACUUGAACCCGAUCAAACAUCUCUGGAGAGACCUGAAAAUAGCUGUGCAGCAACGCUCCCCAUCCAACCUAACAGAGGUUGAGAGGAUCCUGGGAGAAAAAUGGGAGAAACUCCCCAAAUACAGGUGUGCCAAGUUUGUAACGUUAUACCCAAGAAGACUUGAGGCUCGAGGGUGUGAAUACUUAUGUAAAUGUGAUAUUUCCGUUUGUAUUAUUUGUAAUAAAUUUGCUAAAAAGUCAAAACUUUUUUUUUUGCUUUGUCAUCAUUGGGUAUUGUGUGAAGAUUGACGGGGACUUUUCCCCCAUUUUUUUUUUUCAAAUCAAUUUUAGAAUAAGGCUGUAACGUAACAAAAUGUGGAAGAAAUCAAGGGGUGUGAAUACUUUCUGAAAGCUCUGUAAGGUGUAAAGUUCAUAAGCUGAUCUUUCUGUCUCUUAUGGUCACUGAUGCCGUCAUACUCACAGCUUUAAAUCAUGUGCAUUGUACAGCUAUAAGUGAUGGGAUAAAACCACACGAUUGGGAGAAUUCAGAGAUAUUAUUUUCCUGCAUAUGUCACAAAUACGUCCCAUGAUCUGUAAAUAUAUUCAACAAAAAGAUCACAAAUAAAACUACAAUUUUAUAAAACUACCAUUUUUUUUAAACAAAUGUAGAAAGAUUUGUGAGCAGUUGUUCAGACAUCCCUAACAUUUACAACUGUGAAACGUGGAUUUACGUAUUCAGAAAAAAGUGCUUGUGGAUCUGUACUCUGUGCUUAAAGAAUUUUUAACAAGUUAUGUCUGUCGGAAGUAUUUCAGUCAGCAAAUGUGACUUCAGUUGAGUCGACUAUCUUCAUUCGUUGGGAUUAUCUUUGAGGCGCGUAGCGUUAUGAGAUCACAGCAUUCUCAUUCGCCAUUUCCUGGGAGAAUACUUCCUAGCUAGAUAAAUGACAACUUCAUGAAAUGUGAGUAUAACGUUUUAUUUAUUCGACAAAUGAUGUUAAAAUGUUAACAAAAUGACUCUCGUAUGAAUGUUAAAUUCAGUCAUUGGGGCAUGCAACGCACUAGGCGAUCUCGUCAGCUGUUUAGACAAAGUUAAAUAAACCAGUUAAUUCAUCAAUGUGUCAAUGAUGAAGAACCGCUCAGUUUUGAAAUCAUGAAUUGUUGAUCUCAAGGCUAGCCAGCGAAUCUUUUUCAAUAUGUGAUAUUUUUGCAGCACAAAGCACUCUGUCCCGACUGGUGUGGUAGUAAGAAAUGUUAACAUUAUCUAAUUAAAAACGUUAGAAAUCCA